CGUCUUUUUCGUUUUCAGUUCUGAUCGAAAACCAGCCCGCGAUGGACGCGAAAUAAUUAUAGAAUAUAUAGUGUUAAAAAAUUCAAAAAAAUAUAUAUUUAAAUUAUUACCGUUGUUGUAUUUAUUUUAUUAGUGCCUGGUAAUAAACAAGUGCCUUUGGUGUCGUUUUUGUAAGGAAUUUAGUGAUUUUUGCUGCGGACGCGCGGACACGUGUGCGCUUUCUGGAGGUUUUGGCGCCGGCUAUAGGGACGGAUUUUUAGAUUUUAGGGAAGACGAAAUAUAAAAGAUUAAUUUUCUGUGACUGCAUUUGAGAGACAAGACUAAUCAAGAUGGUUUCGGAAGCGAACGGCCAGCCGCCUCACGAGCUGGAAACAUUUUUACCUCAAGACAAAGCUGAUGGAAAGUACAAAGUAAACGUAUCCCAAAAAGACGCAGAAGCCUUAAGAACAGGAGACUAUGAUCCGUUUAAAGAAAGAAAAUUGGAACAUCCCACAACUGAUGGCGAAACCCUGACACAUUUGCUAAAGGCCUCAUUGGGCACCGGCAUCCUGGCGAUGCCCUUCGCCUUCAUGAAUUGCGGACUGGUUUUGGGCAUCUUUUUCACGAUAUUGGUGGCCUUUAUCUGCACACACUGCUCAUAUGUAUUGGUAAAAUGCGCACACACAUUAUACAGGAGGACGAGAGUGUCGGCCAUGGGUUUUGCAGAAGUAGCAGAAGUUGCUUUCCAAAAGGGUCCAGAACCCACCAGGAAAUAUGGUUACGGAUUUAGACUUUUAAUUCUCAACUGCCUGUUCCUGACAUACUUCGGAACAUGCAGUGUGUACUCUGUGAUUGUAGCCAAGAAUUUCCAACAGGUGAUAGAACACCACACAGGCAACGUCCAAGACGACAGGAUCUACAUAGCAGUCCUCCUCCUGCCCCUGAUCCUGCUCUGCUGGGUGCCAAAUUUGAAAUAUUUGGCCCCAAUUUCCAUGUUGGCCAAUGUGUUCAUGGGUCUAGGUUUAGGUAUAACCUUCUACUAUCUGGUAAUGGAGACUUCUGAAAUCUCCGAUCGAAAGUUGGUGGCGGAGGCCCAUUUGUGGCCGCAGUUCUUCAGUAUUAGCAUAUUCGCGAUGGAGGCCAUCGGAGUGGUGAUGCCUUUAGAGAACCAGAUGAAGACUCCUCAGAACUUUGUCGGUUUGUGUGGUGUUUUGAACCAGGGUAUGUCCGGUGUCACCCUGAUCUACAUUUUGCUCGGUUUUAUGGGUUAUGUGGCAUAUGGUGAUUCCACGUUGGGAGCCAUCACUCUUAAUUUGCCCACCGAUGAAAUUUUGGCUCAAUCGGUUAAAAUUUUAAUUGCACUUGCUGUGUAUUGCACCUUUGGUCUUCAAUUCUACGUGUGCCUUGAAAUCGUAUGGAAUGCCAUCAAGGACAAUUUCACAAAAAGGCCGUUGCUGGUCAACUACAUUCUGAGGACAGUUUUGGUGACUUUGGCCGUCGUGGUGGCUGUGGCAGUGCCGACUAUUGGACCGUUUAUUGGUUUAAUCGGCGCCUUCUGCUUCUCAAUCCUGGGUCUCCUGGUGCCCGUAAUGAUCGAAACGGUGACCUACUGGGAGGAAGGAUUCGGCAAAUUCAACUGGGUCGUUUGGAAAAACGUCGUAAUAACCGUUUUCGGAAUUUUUGCCUUAAUUUUCGGAUCUCAGAGCGCCAUCAACGAUAUCGUCACCAUGUACACAUCGGGUCCUGGUCAGGCACCAGUUUUAAAUGGAACCACCAUGGCUCUUGUAAAUGAAACUGUUUCUGGUUUAAUGAACAGCACAACUGGUGCUUAAGGGUAAAAAAGUAGUAGUAAAAAAUUGAUGUUUUUAUUUUAGAUCAUUGAAUUGAAAGCCAGAGCGAUUCAGAAAAUAAGUUAUUUUGGAAUUUAAAUAUUGUGUAAACUGUAUUUUGUGAUAUUUCUAAAUAUACAGUACACUUUAAUUGCUAAUUAUUAAUUGACAUACUUAUAUUUAAGUAUGUUUAUAAAUAAUUGUAUUAU